AUGCGUGAAUUCAGGGCAUAUGUUCCAGAGGAACGAGUGGCCAAGUCUGACUUUCAAGAAUUGAUCGGCCGCUCCAGAUAUAUGGAGCGUAUAUUAAAACGUACCAUUGAAGGCAUCCGACUUGAUACAAAGAGCCUCGCCAAACUGGCGGAUGCACUUGAUGUCGACGGUGAUAGCGCGGGUGUUGUCGGAUCGGACGCCCAAGAGGUUGAAGGAUUAGUGAUGGACGACGAGGCGUGUACGAUGGAUCCAGUAGGAGACAACACUACGCACUUUUCUGGGGAAUUUUCAUAUUGGAAUUUCUCCAUGCGACUGAAGCAACAUAUUGAACGAAUGGGGGGAUUGGAGAGUCGGGCAAACGAGCCUAAAAUGGGUUGGGAUUUCCCACGAGCUCAUCAAUUACGCCCAGGGCGGGAUCACCUCGCGGCGGCGAUAUCAUGUUGCCCCCCUCGUCCAAUCGCCGAAUUUCUGGCAAGAAACUUCUUCAAAUAUGCCGAGACCCACUACUUUUUCAUUGGCAGGAGUUGGUUCUUCGAACGAAUGAAUCUUCUCUAUGGAGACCCUAGUACUUUUGCCAAAAAGGGAGGUGAGGUGAUCAUCAGCAUCUUACUCACAGUCUUUGCGAUCGGGUCCCAAUAUGCACACCUCGAAUCUUCGACACAAAAUUCUACCGGAACUUCUAGUCAAAAUUUCUCUGAAGAAGAUAUCGGUGCGACAUUCUACCAGCAAGCCAUUCGACUACUUCCAGAGAUCAUCGAGCUAUCAUCUCUCGAGAGUGUUCAAGCUUGCCUUCUUUUUGGUUACUAUGCACUGCCUGUUGAUACGUCAGGGCUAGGGUAUAUUUACAUUAACCUUGCAAUCCGGCUUGGAAUGCAGAAUGGCAUGCAUCGAAAAUGCAAGAAUGAUGCCUUCAGUGCGACCAUGGUCGAGGCCCGCAAUCGUGUAUGGUGGACAGCAUACUUACUUGAAAGAAAAAUCUCCAUCUUCCACGGCAGACCUUUGUCAGUGCUCAGAACCGAUGUCGACGCGGCACUCCCUAUAUACCGGUCUGACUUAGCAUUGGAUGACACUCGCACAAGUGUCGCCCGUGCCGAAGCCUCGAUCCAGUUGAUUCAUUUUCUGGAAGAUAUAUUUCGCGACGUAAGCAACCUUCGGACUUGCCACAAACAACAAAUUUCCAAAAUUAUAUCCCACCUCCUGACGAGCAAAGCGGCACUCAAGGAGUGGUGGAGCUCUCUUCCCCAGGAGAUCGUGAGCAGCAGUCUGCAGCCGAUAGCCCAACUUCGCUCGGUGAUGCACCUCCAGCUGGAAUAUUGCUUGGUUCGCAUGUUUAUCGGACGACCGUUCCUGCUGAAGAAGAAUAUUUCGGAAUCUUUGAAUAAUUCACCAGCAGAUUCGGAGCCCAGUGUCGCCGAUCGAAACGCCACUUCCGAUAGUACAAGUUUCAAGUAUUCGUUGAGUCGCAAAGACUUGAUUGAUGAUUGUAUCGAGGCAGCAACGGAAGCACUGGGUAUUCUACAAGAAUUAAGGGAUAGCGGAUCCGGCCUUGCGCGUGCGUCCUACAUUGAAUAUAGCUCAUGCCGAGCGUCGCUCCUCGUGUUGAUUGCCUACUCCAUCCAAAACUUUUCUGAGCAAUUUCGAAACUUGCUUUACAAAGGGCUGGACAUGAUUCGAGAAAUGUCCGCCGCUGGCGAAUCGGCUCAGUCCGAGGUGUCUUUAAUUGAGACGCUUGAGCGUGCAUUAGCGCGUCUUCAUGCCGGAGUCCAGCAGUCCCAACAGGGCAGUAUGACAUUAUCUGAGCGUCCUAUAUCAGAUUACGAAACAUUCAAGCAUUGGGGCGCUAGAUUGAGGAAAGGUGACAUGCUUGAAGCGGCUAAUUUUGCUGCAGACUCUUCGCCUGCUCAACCCGAUGACGUGGGACCACUAACUGGUCAAUCGUCGGGCUUUUAUUCUCACUCCUACGGCCGGAUCAUGGACAUGGACUGCAGUCAAGCAUCUUUGUCUAUGUCCGAUCGAGACAUGGGUAUGCUCGGCGCGCUUGACCCAAUUAUUGAAAUACCACUCUUUGGUGCCGAAAACACAUCGCCCUCGGCGGCAUGGCCCACUUGGACCGAGACACAGGUACUGGAGCAAUUCCUCAUGAAUCCGGAAUACGGUGCUGCCCAGAGUAUGGAUAUGAACCGACACUGA